AAGAGGGAGACGUAAGUUUACAUUUUCACAUUUAAUUCAGGUUCCUGCAUGACACAAAAGGCUUCCCAUCAUAUCCUUUCAGUCCUCGUUCUUUCUUUUCCCUUUUCCUUUCCGCGCAAAGCCAGUCUGUCGGUCUGUCAGUCUGUCAGUCAGACAGUCAUCUGUCUGUCUGGUUGUGGGUGAUGGGGGCCAUGCCUCAUUUCAUCCCGUCUCCUGCUCCAUCUCUGGCCCUGGCCUGGCCCUGUCCGGGGAACAAGUCUGUUCUCCUCUACAUGUUCGGGAACAGUCUGUUGUUCUGCUUGAAUCUAGCCGUCCUCUACUCGGAUAUCAAGACAUCCUUCGACGUCGUGCUCCAGCAGCAGUUGCUGCGCACACUCGUAGCCCAACAAAUCUACCUUCUACCUUCAUUAUUAACACCCCUACCUUUCAUUCGCUGCCAACAUGGCUAAAAUCUAUGUGUUCAAUGCGCGAUACGGCACAAACGAAGGCAAGCUAACCCUGCUUUGGAAAGGCCCUGUCACUGACUAUGGCUCUACUAUUGUCCACUGGAUGCGCCAUCGUGAGCCCAGGUACAAGGGCUCCUACCAAGGCGAACUCGAGAGACCGAGCCCCAGCUACAUGGUUGACAUGCUCCCACCGUAUGCCCGCGUCGCAAGCCCUGCCGACUCGGUGCCGUCGCGACACCUGCACUCAUCGCUGAAUAAGAUCAAGCACCCAGUCAAUGUUAUAAGGUGGACGCCAGAAGGCCGCCGAUUGUUGACCGCCUCGAGCAGCGGCGAGUUUACCCUCUGGAAUGGCACUGGCUUCAAUUUUGAAACCAUCAUGCAGGCUCACGAUUCCGCCAUUCGCGCCCUCGCCUACUCGCACAGCGACGACUGGCUCGUGUCGGCCGACCAUGACGGUGUCAUCAAGUACUGGCAACCAAACUUCAACAAUGUCGAGAGCAUCCGCGGCCACCAGGACCCCGUGCGAGACCUCGCCUUCAGCCCCAACGACUCGAAGUUUGUCACGGCUUCCGACGACUCAACCCUGCGCAUCUUUGACUUUGCCGGCGGAGUAGCCGAGUCUACGCUGUCGGGCCACGGCUGGGACGCCAAGAGCUGCGACUGGCACCCCACAAAGGGCCUGAUCGUCUCGGGCUCCAAAGACCACCUGGUCAAGCUCUGGGACCCCAGGACUGGCCGCUGCCUGACAACCCUCCACGGCCACAAGAACACCAUCACCAAGACCGUCUUCGAGAGGGUUCAGGGCAUGUGCCUGGCCACGUCGGCUCGCGACCAGACAGCCCGCGUCUUCGACUUGCGUAUGAUGCGCGAUAUCUGUCUCCUCCGCGGCCACGAGAAGGACAUAUCCACCGUGGCCUGGCAUCCCAUACACUCAAACCUCCUCAGCACCGGCGGCUCCGAAGGCUCGCUCUUCCACUACCUUUUAGACGAGCCCAAUACGCCCCCGGGCCAGGCCACAACCAUUGCCCCUUAUGAUUGCCCAGACCCCAGUCUAGCUCCAGCCCAGGCCAUCUAUCCCGCCCACAAGGUCCCCUUUGCCCAUGAUUUUGCCAUCUGGUCUCUUGACUGGCACCCGCUGGGCCACAUUCUAGCGUCGGGGUCCAACGAUCGUAUCACGAGGUUCUGGUCUCGAGCGCGACCGGGCGAGGCCGAUUCCUUCAACGACCGCUAUCACAUCGGCGAGGCCGCCGCCGAGGCCCAGGGCACCUGGGACCGCCGGGGCGGCCGCCACAUGCGCCAGGUCGAGGAGGAGCAGGAGCUCGAGGACGAGAUGGACGGCCUGGUCGACCAGAAGCUACCUAUCAAGCAGCCGCCCUCGGGCUUUCCCGGCAUUCCAGGCCUGCCUCUCCAGAAGAUGGGUCCUGGCGGCAUGAUCCCGCUGCCGCCCGUGAUCCCCGGCGUCGGCGGCGCGCACCACCCGCCGCCCCUCCCCUUCCCUCUGCCCGGCAUGCACGGCGUCCCGCCCCUCCCGGGCAUGGACCUCAAGAACCCGCCGGACCUGGCCGCGAUUGCUGAGAUGAUGAAGAAAGCGGGCAUACCGCCGCCUCCACCCCCAGGCGGACACCUCCCGCCGGGCAUGCUCCCCCCAGGUCUCAUCCCGCCGCCGGGUUUCCCCCUGCCGCCCGGGUUCCCGCCGCCGCCGCCGCACCUCCUGGCCCAGCAGCAGCAGCAGCAGGUCGCGCAGGCCGCCUACGAUGCCGAGCAGACCGCGGAGUCCAUCCGGAGGCGGGCGCCUCUGCCGAGCCAGGAAGAGAGCCUGCGCCUGGAGCAGAGCAGGGGCCACUACACUCGCCUCAGAUAGUCCCCGAGGGGAGGAAGUGGUGAUGGCGGUGGUGGUGGCUGUGACGAGAGCGGAGAGGACAG